UGUGUAAUGUGUAAUAUAUUGCAUCGCUUUACGCCAUCGAUCUACGUUCACAGAGCUCAAUGUUUGGGAAAUGAAGUUUUUUCAACACGUACGCUGCGAAAAUGCUCAACGACCAAACUACAACCCCCAUCGUCCCCUGCGCGUCGUCGGCUCGAGUCCGUUCCGUUAAAGCUACCAUGUAAUGUUUACUUCUACGGAACAACGGCGUGUCCUCCUGUGUUAACGGUCCUGAAUCAGAUGCGGUUUAAACCCGUUACUCGCUCGGCCAUACGUUAAAGCGCGGAAUCCCGUCGGCUGAAGGUGCAUCGGGACCGUCGUCGGUGGUUUAUCCUGCGCCAGAGCUCGGUGUUCGUAAUGGCGAUGUUCCGCAGUUUUGUGUCCGCUGCUCAACUCAGACAGCAGCAUCAGCAGCAGCAAAAUGGAGCCGCUGCAGCCGCACCUGGAGAGAGCCUGGAGAGCCAGUUCUCCUGUCCCAUCUGUCUGGAGGUCUACCACAAACCCGUCAGCAUCGCCAGCUGCGCCCAUACUUUCUGUGGCGACUGUCUCCAGCCGUGUCUGCAGGUCACAUCACCCCUCUGUCCUCUCUGCCGCAUGCCCUUCGAUCCAAAGAAAGUGGACAAAUCCUCCAGCAUGGAGAAACAGCUCUCUUCAUAUAAGGCCCCGUGCAGGGGCUGCAGCAAAAAGGUCACACUGGUCAAAAUGAGGUCACACGUCUCCUCUUGCACAAAGGUUCAGGAACAGAUGGCCAACUGCCCAAAGUUUACGCCAGUGGUCCCCACCUCACAACCCAUUCCCAGCAAUAUUCCAAACCGUUUCACAUUUGUGUGUCCGUUCUGUGGCGCCCGCCACCUGGACCAGCAGGAACUAGUGAAGCACUGCAUGGAAAAUCAUCGCAAUGACCCCAACAAAGUUGUGUGUCCAGUAUGUUCUGCGAUGCCCUGGGGCGACCCGAGCUACAAGAGCUCGAACUUUAUGCAGCAUCUUCUCCACCGGCACAAGUUCUCAUAUGACACGUUUGUGGACUACAGUAUUGAUGAGGAAGCUGCACUUCAGGCCGCUCUGACCCUAUCCCUGUCUGAGAGCUGAGCGUGACGUGACGUCCAGAUCCAUCCAACGUUCAGCUGUCAUCUGUCCGUUUCCUCCAUUCCUCCCGUCACUCUACCUCUCUUCUGCUCUGUACUUCUGAGCGUCACCCCCCCUCUGAACACUUCAGCAGACGUGUCACUUCCUGCGCCGUAGGGGGAGGGGCUUCUGCUCGUUCAUCAUCAUCAUCACUAUCGAAAGCAUUUGAACGUGUACGCAAAUAGGCCGAAAAAUGGAAGAGAUCGAUUUCAUCGUGCUUGUUUGCGUUCUUCCUUAUUUCUCUGUAUCCCGAUUGCGGACGGAUGGGAAUUUUUCUGUGAAUUAAGGUCAAGGGUAGGUCACUUACACACCGAACACGCUUAUGUCCCUUCAAACCUGAUGACGGCAUCUGUCCAAAUCUGAUGAUUUAGCUUGAUUUAAGGCUUCAAAAUCUGUGCGAAAAAUAUAAGAUGGGUUUAAACGUAGGAAUUUGUUAUGGGGUGAGCUGUCCCUUUAAAAUGGACCGAGUUGAGUAUGAUUGGCUGUCCUUUUGGUGAGCUCUCAUCUCUAGGCCAUACCAAUGCAGAAAAGAGAGGACGAGAGACAUCUUUCGUAUCAUUUCUGGAUCUCUCAAAGGCCACUUCUAAAGCAGACUUGUUGUGAAUACUUGCACUCGUCGCACGUUUUCUACGUGUCUGAAUUGUAGUAUUGACGUUCUUUUAUAGUUCAAUAGCAGAAUAUUGACCGACAGGACUACAUACGCCGCUCUUCACUUGCUACAGUAAUAUUUUCUAUGGCGCGUCAGAUAAGAUAAAAAUGUAUAUUUUUGGAAAAUGUUUUCAAUGGUGCACUGAUAAAAGGAUCGUAUGCUUGGAAAAAUGUGCGGAAUGGUUUCAUCCUUUAACGUGUGAAUCGGUUGAUCUGUGUGUCGCUCACUUGUGCUGCCUUCAAGCUUAUCUGGAAAGUUCAUUGGAAUAAAACGCACCCGUUGGACCGUUUCAUAUUUAUAUAGUCUCCCUGUCAGAUUAGUCACGAAGACAUGAAGUUUGUUAGCAAUCGUGUAACACAUUUUGUUUGUUUGAUUCUUGUGGCUCUUCAUAAUUUAGUGUUGGUAUCUAGCAUAACAGUUUCCGCCAUUUCUUUUUUUCUAUUCAAAAGUCAGACUGAAAGUAAUGUUUCCCUCUGGCAUUUUGCAGGCGUCCGUGUGUGUCAUCUCAUAAAUAUGACCAUUCCAGUGUGACCUGAAGGCAGCACAGAUACGAGGAAACUCGACGACCUCUGGAAACGAAGCGGUCCAGUGCGCAGUUCUUAGGUUUGACCACUAGGUGACAGUAAAGGUUUAGAAACAGCAGUGAUUCUCAACCCUGCCUGUUUCACCUAAAUCAAGUCUGACCGUCUCUGUGGAUGAGAUGAAUCAGGUUGUUUGAUAAGGACACGUCUGAAACGUUAUUCAGAGCUCAGAUUCACCGACAGUUCUGAAUGGACUACUACCAUCAUAUUUCUGUAAAAAGUGUGUAUACUGUGCUCAGUAUGCAGUGUUUUCUGAAUGCAUAGAAAAGAUAACCUGAUGACCCAUCCUUACCUUAAUGUGCAAUAAAUAGCAGUGCACGUUCUGAGGAUGUUGUGUCCCAGAAUGCAACGCUCUGAACUUCAACCUUCCAUUUCAGUAAGAUGAACUGGAUGUAGAUGUGAUGUGAAGAGUAGUUCAAUCAAAACUGUCACCAAAUGUUUUUGGCACCACGUGAAUGCAAACGCCAUUGGUGUCCCGUAACCAAAUCUCUUUACUUCCAUUUGGAGUGAAAGACUUAAAUUUACUUGCGUCACAAAAUGGAUUUCGAAUCUUGACUGCCAAACGUUGAGACAUUUAAACAUAAAAUCAGAUUCAUGUAAUAAACGAGUAUUUAUUUGACUUCUUCUAAUACCUGCCAGUGCAGUGUUGAGUAUUUCGGUAAGAACAUAGCCUCUCUCUUUCCGGUUUAGCACUACCGGCGUAUCGUUUCUGUACUUUGUUUGUAUGAAGUACUGCGUCGGGAGGCACAGAUCUGUGAUAUUUUCUUUAGGAUUUUAAGAACAUUCGCAUAGAUUCCUGUCAUUUCCCUGCUCGGGUAGAUAUGUUUGAUGCCGGUGCGUCUGAUAUGGCUUUGAUAGUUUGUCCAGUAGUUUUGAUAUCUUGAUGGACGAGUGGAAGACGGUUUGGGAUAGAAAAAAAUGACUUCAAACAUACAGGCUUUUUUUCUAGAGACGUUUCACUUCGUGAUGCAUUUACGCAUCUGUGUUAAAUAAGAGAGCGUUCGUUUAAAUCGUACUAAAAGAGCCGUUGUGGUUAUUUCCGUUUCGUGAAUUUAUUUGAUCGAGGAUAAGCGUGUCACAAUCAUUCUGAUCUGAAGCUCGGCGGUUCUCGAUCGGUUCGGUUUUGGGGAGAUUCAGCUUGAGCGAGCUGAAACAGAAGAUAGGUGAACUUCGUGACGGUCAUUCACUUUCAUGAAUAUCUCGCUGGCGGUUUCUAAUCAUUUAGAAGGUUCAAUGUGUGACCACUUCGAGUGGUCGUCUCUGUCUGCUUUUCUUCAAGCCAUGGUAGAGUCGUACUGAUUUCUUUACGCUGUGUCCUACCCAGGCGUGAUGUGACUUCAUGUUAUUUUUACUCCUAACCAGUUCUGACAAGCAACGAGACUUGCUUUUCUGUUCUGUAGCGUGAAAUUCGGAGACCACGAUAAACUCUGCAUACAUUUCAAAAACUUUCAUGAACUUUUGCGAACGACGCUCAAUGUGUUUGCUGGAAACUUCAUGUCACACCUGGUCAGGACACAGAACUCGAUGUCUUUUGUCCUUCGCUGUAUGUUUGUACUCAACAGUGGUCCGUUCAAUAUUGUUUCGGGUCUUCUGGAUAUUUUAGGAAUGUCCUUGUUGGUAUUUAUUAGAGUUAAAAGGUAUAUAUACAGAGUAUCAGAAAUCCCGGAUUCAGUCUUUUGGAAGCGGGGUGUAUAUAAACAGCGGGAUUUGAUUGAAAUUGCUACGUUUUUCUGUGGCUUACAUUGAAAUCGGGAUUUUCGCUGAGAAGCAUGUUAAAAAAACAUCGCACUUUAAAUAACUCAAAUGUCUUUUGAUGAUCCAGUAGGAAUUUUGUUCCAGUUAUUUAGUAUUACGAAUUGCCAAGUGUGUUUUACAUGAGUUUGUCGUGUCUUUCUUAUAAGAUGAAGGUAACUCUGUGUUGGGCAAGACAACGAAUCAUUUACUUCACAUUAUUCAGAAAUGCCGUCACUUUUCUGCGACGACGAGUGAUAUCGUAUUAGCAUGUAGGCGCAAGAGCAACGACGGCUAAAUGAACUCGGCUCAAGCGUUUGCUGGAGAUUUUGCGAGUAGCUGCCAAACAAAAAUUUCCACUUUUCACGGUAUUUCGCUGCCAUCGUGUUUGGCUUUAUUUUAUGAUGGCGCACUGACAGAAUGAGGAUUAUCGGUCAGUUGUGAUGAAAUUGAGUAGAAAGUAGAAAACGAGAAUGAUUAUUGAGUUUCUCCUGUUUUUACUUGAUGUUUUUGACUUGUCUAUAUAUUUCGCUCAAACAAUAUUCAUGUGCACAGCUGUAGCAUAAUAUGUUGGUUUUUUUUUAAGUGAAACUUUUGAUAUUGUACAACACCGCUCUCCAGAUCUGAUGACCUUUGAGAAUGACCUUAAGAUGUAUAUUUUUCACUCUUUUUGUAUUGUAACAUCAAUGCAUACUGUCACUGUUCAACGUGAAGAACUUCCGCAUUUCUCCAGUUGGUCGACGGCUGUCCACCAAGCAACGUGGACAAAAAAUGGAUGGCUUGCGAUCUGUCCGUAUGAUGAAGUUAUCAAACUCAUAAAUGAGCAAGAACCCAAUGGAGUACUCUAGUGACAUCUGGAGUACUUGGGAAUUGUAAACGUCGGAUGCUUGAUUUGCUCGCACACUGUGGAUUUAACACAACAGUGAUGCGACUAUGAAUUCUGGGAAACUUGGACAAAGUGUUUUCUAACAUUCCUGAAAAGGGAGUCUGCAUUUCUGUGUGGGGGUUGAAGUCUUCAGGCCGAAACUGCUGAGUUGUAAAAGACGCCCAAAAUGUCCCUGUGCGACCGUCACUGGACGGCAGGAGCUGUCGGGUCGGGCCAGUGUUUGUGUGUGUGCUCCAUGUGAUUAUGCAUUCGCGACUAUAAAUAAUAAUGAGAUAACAAUAAUAACAAUGCUGAGCGUUCGGAUGUUAAUGACGGUGUGCAUUUUUGAAGCUGUAAUACUGACUGAGGUUUAAUAAGAUACUUACAGUGUAUUUGUAGCAGUUUUCCCCUUAAAUAAACAAUAAACACAGAUGCACCCAGCUUUCAUGGCCUUGUCUUUUG